AUGUCUUCUUCGUCCUAUUCCACAAAGGACCAAAUCUCCCUUGCCCUUCGUCACAUUCUUCUUCGUUCCUCCCUCACAGCCCACGAGGGUAACCACGCACGCAAUCCCAUGUCCAUGUCCACGCCCAUGCUGGGGUUCUGCACCUCCAAAACUGCACAACAAAAGGCACUACGAGAUGGGAUCUCGGACUACAAGGGUUCUUCUGCUGCCAACGUGUCUUCUUCGUCGGUGGCAGUCAAUACUGAGAAUGGAACCGAUGACUGCCACUGCGAGAGUGAGGUGCUGCUUCGAGAGGGUGAAACGUUGGUAGAAGAGGUUCGAGUUACGCCGAAGUGCUUUCGUUCUGGGAGUUCCUCCAAAAGAAGCAGAGCCGCGGAAGUUCAUAACUUGUCUGAAAAGAGGAGGAGGAGUAGGAUCAAUGAGAAAUUGAAGGCUUUGCAAAAUCUAAUUCCUAAUUCUAACAAGACCGAUAAGGCUUCAAUGCUUGAUGAAGCUAUUGAAUACCUUAAACAGCUUCAGCUCCAAGUACAGCCCCCCCCCCACCACCCCAAACCUACAAGACCAACCCCCCUACCCUCCCCACUGCCACACCCCAAUCUGCAAGACCCAGCCCCCCACCCUAACCCGCCAGACGACCUAAGAGUUGGACCGCUCGCCGUCACAGAAGCUGGGGCGAGUUGCGCCACCUGGCCAGAUUGCUGGAUGAGGUUCAUUUUUGGCUUUCUGCUUCCGUGGAAGCUCAGAUGGAGGGAGCGGAGCUCCGAAUUUAAGAUGCUGUCAAUGAGAAAUGGGUUGAGUUGGCAUCCUAUGUUCCUUCCAGAAGGUUUGCAACCUCCGCAAUUGUCUCAGAUGAGAAUGGAUUCAAGUGAAGAAAACAGGUCUAUCCCUUCAAACACUACAGCAACUCUGCCUAUGCACCAAGAAAACCCCAUGCACUAUUCAUCCAAUCUUCCUAACAAACACACAGUAGCAGAUCAGCCAUCCAUGUCCACCCCAGCAUAUGUAUUCAACUCAGAAACUUCUUUCAGGCUGGAAUCUCCCAUCCCUGAAAAUAUAAGAUCAUUUCAACUCAGAAGCUUUUCUGAGCAGAUAUGCAGAGAAGACAUAUUGCGGCACCAACAUUUGAGUGCAAACCAUUCAGAUACCAAUCCAUUAGGUUGCUCUCAAGUUAAAGACAACAUCAUUUUGGAAAACUGCAUCCCUGGAAGUGAUCGAUCUGGAGUGGUGUUGAGAAAUAGUGAGCCCAACACUAUUCUGACCCAGCGGUUAAGUGGAUGGGAGACAAUGUUAGAGUCUAAUACACCUCAAGUAAGUGGUUCAUCUUCUACCGCACCAUCCUCUAAAGCCAAAGCAAAGGUUAUAGGAUCUGCAUUUGACAAGUCAAGUACACAGGCAACAGAGUUUCGAUAUCUUAUAGGUUUUUGA